CCGGAUGACAUGGCGAAAAUCAUUCGGGAAUAUCCCGAAAUUUUCCCAGACGAUUUGCCAAGUGGCCUGCCACCCGAACAACCUCAGGACCACAAAAUCGAGCUGGAGCCCGGCGCGCAACCUACUAUACGCACGCAAUGGCACCUGACUCAGCCAGAACUACAGGAAUUACGAAAUCAGCUCGACUACCUGCGGGCGAAAGGGUUCAUUCGGCCGAGCACGUCACCGUUCGCAGCACCGAUCAUGUUCACGCCAAAAAAGGACGGCGGACUUCGCAUGUGUACGGACUAUCGUGCCCUUAAUCGGGUAACGAUAAAGUCGCGCUACCCAAUACCACGCACGGACGAAUUGAUCGACAACCUUCGCGGAGCUCGCUAUUUUUCGAAGAUAGACCUUCGCGGCGGUUACCAUCAAAUUCGGGUGUUCGCCGACGACUGCCACAAGACCGCAUUUCGUACUCGCUACGGGAGUUACGAAUACACGGUGAUGCCGUUUGGAUUAACGAACGCCCCAUCGACGUUUCAACUCACCAUGAAUGGGGUAUUCCGCGAUCUACUCGACAAAUGCGUGAUAAUUUACCUGGACGACAUCCUGAUCUACAGCAAGACCCGGGAGCAACAUUUGCAGGAUUUGGAAGCGGUUUUUUCAACGGUUGCAGCAGCAUCGACUCAUCACCAAGGGCUCCAAGUGCGAGUUUUUAAAACAAGAACUGGAGUUCCUGGGGCACGUGAUCUCCACGGAGGGGAUUCGAAUAGACCUGAAAAAACUCAGGGCUAUUCAGGAGUGGAAACCGCCCGCAAAUCUGCAGCAGCUGCAAUCAUUUUUGGGUUUCGUGAAUUACGUGCGGCGGUUUAUACCCAAUAUGGCGGGGUUAACUGGACCUCUAACCGACCUACUGCAGAAGGGAACAUUUUACGAGUGGGGGGAGAAGCAACAAGCUGCGUUUGAGACAUUAAAAACUCUUUUAAUGU